CAGACCUCGCGGGGCCCCAGCGGGAAGCGCGGGCGGCGGCGGGAUGCGCGCUCUGGGCGGCGGGGCGCGGCGCUAGGCGCCCGGCGGGGCGUCCCCACGCUGCGACCCCGCGGGACCCUCCACUCCUCCCGCCGCCUCCGCAGCCCGCGCGCCGGAGCAUGAGUCCCGGCCGGAGCCCCACGGCCGCGGGCGGCGCCUAGGACGGCGAUCCGCGCCCUGGAGGAUCCGCCGGCCGCCCGGCUCCACUACAGCUCCAGCCGCCUGCAGCGGGGCCCUCCUGAGGCCCCAGAGGAAGAGACCAUGAAAGUGAGGUCGGCCGGCGGCGAUGGAGAUGCCUUGUGCGUUACAGAAGAGGACCUGGCAGGUGACGACGAGGACAUGCCAACCUUCCCAUGCACCCAGAAGGGCCGGCCAGGGCCCCGCUGCAGCCGCUGCCAGAAGAACCUAUCUUUGCACACAUCGGUUCGGAUUCUUUACCUCUUCCUGGCCCUGCUCCUGGUGGCCGUGGCUGUGUUGGCUUCUCUGGUUUUCAGAAAAGUGGACUCUCUCUCCGAAGACAUCUCCUUGACCCAGUCUAUUUAUGACAAGAAGCUUGUGUUAAUGCAGAAAAAUCUCCAGGGCCUGGAUCCAAAAGCCCUGAACAACUGCUCUUUCUGCCAUGAAGCUGGGCAGCUGGGGCCAGAGAUCCGAAAACUGCAGGAGGAGCUGGAGGGAAUUCAGAAGCUGCUUCUGGCCCAGGAGGUGCAGCUGGACCAGACCCUGCAGGCCCAGGAGGUGCUCUCCACCACCAGCAGGCAAAUCUCCCAGGAGAUGGGCAGUUGCUCCUUCUCCAUCCACCAAGUUAACCAGUCUCUGGGGCUCUUCCUGGCCCAGGUGAGAGGCUGGCAGGCCACCACAGCUGGCCUGGACCUCUCUCUGAAGGACCUCACCCAGGAGUGCUACGAUGUCAAGGCUGCAGUGCACCAGAUCAACUUCACCGUGGGGCAGACUUCCGAGUGGAUCCACGGGAUCCAGCGGAAGACAGACGAGGAGACCCUGACCCUCCAGAAGAUUGUCACCGACUGGCAGAACUACACACGGCUCUUCAGCGGCCUGCGCACCACCUCCACCAAGACUGGAGAGGCGGUCAAGAACAUCCAGGCCACCCUGGGGGCCUCCUCACAGCGCAUCAGCCAGAACUCAGAGAGCAUGCACGACCUGGUACUCCAGGUCAUGGGCUUGCAGCUGCAGCUGGAUAAUAUCUCGUCCUUCCUGGACGACCACGAAGAGAACAUGCAUGAUCUUCAGUACCACACCCACUACGCCCAGAACCGCACCGUGGAGAGGUUUGAGUCUCUGGAAGGACGCAUGGCUUCUCACGAGAUUGAAAUUGGCACCAUAUUCACCAACAUCAACGCCACCGACAACCACGUGCACAGCAUGCUCAAGUACCUGGAUGACGUGCGGCUCUCCUGCACGCUGGGCUUUCACACCCAUGCCGAGGAGCUCUACUACCUGAACAAGUCUGUCUCCAUCAUGCUGGGCACCACAGACCUGCUCCGGGAGCGCUUCAGCCUGCUCAGUGCCCGGCUGGACCUCAACGUCCGGAACCUCUCCAUGAUCGUGGAGGAGAUGAAGGCGGUGGACACGCAGCAUGGAGAAAUCCUUCGCAAUGUCACCAUCCUACGAGGAGGGGCCUGAUGCAACAACUAAUCCUUCACCUUAGAAGGGAUAUCUGUCUCCACAUAACCAUUCCACUUGACCUCUGGAAAUUUCACUGAGGUGGAAGGCUCUCGAAUUUUCAUCGAAUUUAUUUCCUGUCCCCUGACAUGGUAACGGAAAUCUUCCCACAGUAUUUCACCUAAAAUACAUAUGUGCAUGACCUCUAGGGCACAAUGUUCCAGGGAAGGGCAUUAGUAAAUAUUUCUUAUGGUUCAGCCCCUGGCAAGUGUGUGGUUUCAUUGAGUUCAACCUAAGAACAAAGGCAAUUUAAAGCUUUCCUGAUUACAAUGCCCAUUUACACACUUUGUUUUAUUUCAGCCUCACAACAACCCUUGCAUGGUAAACAAGGCAGAUGUUGGUGACUCUAUUUAUAGAAAAGUAAUCUGAGGAUGGGGGAGGGAGUUUAAAGGAAUAAGCACAGGGUCACUCUGAUUUAAAAUCCUGACCCCUCUCCAAUGCUCUGAAAUGCACACAAUUCAGUGCCCACCCAGGAAAGGAGAUGCCCAGAGCAUGAGUUUGUAGAUGCCAACAAGACAUUUCUGCCCAGGUCCUGCUAAGCUAUAGGGUGUGGGGCAGGGACUGGGGAAGAGGGAGAUGGCACCAAAAGUGUUGACAGGGGAACCGUUCUAAGUAUAACCAAUAGUACUCUUGAAAUUUACACUUGCUGCUGUCCUAGUCAUGCGUGGAGUUUUCAUGUGUGGAGUUCCAUGACUAGGAGUCCUAGUCAUGCGUGGAGAGCAAAACGGGGCAUCUGUUUGAGCUACACCUGAGUCUUGGUUCAACGUCUGCACAUUUGUUUAAAUUGUGUCUACUGGCCAGCCUCUCUCCUGGUUGUUAAAGUCAUCACAUGUAAAAUCUCUCACAAUUGAAAGCAAAUUUCAGGGACACAGUGCACAUCCCUUUCUCUGGGGACCUGGUCACUCAUUCAUUCAUCCAGAGACAGGCACAGACAGGCUGUGACACAGGAGCUGGCAAUGAGGUCUCCACGUGGCCGGAACUGAGCAGCUAUCUGGAAUAAAGGGAGGGAUUGCAGCGGCUGGAGCCAUGUGGAAGGUGCCAAGUCCUGAUGGAAGGGUUGGAACUGAGACUGCACAGGCAAGAAGCCUGGCUUCUGAUGUGCUCUGGAUCUUUAGGCAGAAUCACUUCAUCCCUCCAGGGCUCUGCUUCAUUCAUCUGUAAAUGAAGGGGUAAGACCAGCUGAUCUCUGAGAACUAUUCCAGCUCUAAUUAAUUCUAAGCCCCCAUUUACUCAACAGAAAGACUGUGGUACUUUCAUAGUGUUUGUGUCUCUCAUAAAAUAUUUAUCUCUUCCUACUCUGCAGGGUAAUUUCAGUGUCUGUGCUAGACUGUGUCCAUGCUAGGACUAUCAUUUGGGAAUUGUAGACUAAAACCAUCAUAACGUAUUAGCUAAAUGACCUGGGGCGGGGCUUUUGGCUACUUUCUUUCUUUCUUUUUUGUAGAGACAGGGUCUCACUUUGUUGCCCAGACUGGUCUCAAACUCCUGGGCUCAAGCAAUCCACCCACCUUCGGCCUCCCAAAGUGCUGGGAUUACAGGCAAGAGCCAUCACACCCAGCCAAGCUUUGAACUCAGUUUCUUCAUCUGCGAAUAGAAAUAUUAAUGCCUUUCCUGCCUGUAUCCCAUAGGGUAAUUGUGAGGAUCAGUGUUCACAAUGGGUGUGAACAAGUUCUUGUAAAAUAUGAAAGGGUGCUCUGCAUAAGGGAUUAUUAUGAUGCUAAAUUGCUUGGAGACCUAGGCUCGUUGUGUUACUCAUCGAGGACCCGGCAGAGCGCUUGGCUCUUGGAAAGUACAAGAAAUGUUUGCUCAGUGAAUAAAUAAAUGAAAGUGUGAACAAAAGGUAGAAGCCCAAGAUGGGCAAGAUACAAAGGGAUUCAAUCUGCAAAUGUGUUCUAUAAGCACCACCCUCCAUCCUACUUCCACACUGAAGUGUUCAGGAGUUUACCUGUGAAGGACGAAAAAGCAGAGACUGUCCUGUCAUUCUGCUGUUCAGGCCCAACGAGCUACCUGCGGAGGUGGCAGUGAAGAGGGUUUGGUGGCCCUGACCCAGUUUUUGUUCUCUCAGCCCUGUGAUGCUGCUGAAAACUCCACUCAGCUUCUCAGCCUAAUAGCUGCAGCCCUUUGUUGGUUUCUAAGCCUCUUUGCACAAACCAAUAACAAAUCCACAAAUGCCUGGAGGGGAAAAGAUGUCAGGCUGACUUCAAUGAGUCUUCUCUUCUCUGGGAUCUUGGCCCUUGGUAUCCCUCCAAAGCCUCCAGAAAGAUGUUUUGGUCUUUCUCUAACAGCUCUGUUUGUUCUCCGUGGGAGGUUGAAUCUGUCAUAAACUAGUCCAUCGUAAGCAGAAGUCGAAGCCCAUGGGCAUGUUUUUAACAGCCCUCAGUUGGCAACAAGCAAGUUUGAGAGUCCCUGAGCCAGGCCAAUAUUCUCAUGAAGCAGAGGCGAGCCUGAGCCCCAGCCACCCGCUUUGCUAAUAUGAGAGCUGGGUCUCAAACACUGGGUGCCUGACGUCCACGCCAAUGUGCCUCCUACGGCACCAGGCCAGUCCCUCCAGAGGCACCCCUUUGUUUUAUUUUCUUCUGUCCUUGUAAGCUGGCCAGUUGCCUCUGACCAUAAGAUGUACCAUGGGCUCCUCCUGGGCCAUGCACUGCCCCUCCCAUGGGUGGGCAGUGCUGAUGCCUGAGACACUGGGCACUCUGCUCACCCCACCCCCUCCUCCCUAUCCAAGCUCAGACCACAGAGCCAGCCACUCCAUGGUCCCAGACGUGAGGUCAGCUGUGGCUGGACCCUAAUGAGCCUGGAAAGCCUGAUUACAGCCUGUGGCUUCCUGAGUAAUCAUGGCCGCCCCCCUCCACCGGACUCCAGGGUGUGCCGGUCCCUCUCCUUCCCACGCACCUCGGCCACUGUUGCCCAUCUUCCUUGGUGGCCUGAAGUGCCUUCCCUCAGCUCAGAGCAGCCACUAGCCCUUCUCUAGCCCUUCUCUCCUCUGCCCCUCACCCCUGCCUUGUUACUGGCAGGGUCAGUGGCACCCCGGCCUGGAGGGGCCUUGGUCAGCCUCUGUCCACAUUCCUUGCCCCCACACUAACUACUAAACUACAGUUGUUGACUUCCUCCCUAGCCAGACCAGGUCACGCCUGCUGUCAGUCCUCUGCCCGCAUGACUCAUGCCUGGCCUGGAGGGCAGGUGGGGCCCUGCUCACCUAAGGAAGGCAGCCUUCUGAGUCCCCUUCUCACUCAGUGGGGACCCCAAAGCACUCUUUAGAAAAAGGCUCUGGGGUCUUCCUCCUCCAGGCAGCAACUAGGAUUGCAGCCUCUGCUUCCUCCAGGCAGUGCCUAGGAUUGCAGCCUCUCCCUCCUCCAGGCAGUGCUGGGAGUGGCACAGGAGCCAAGGUAGCGGCAUGGGGGAAGGAGAUUGGGUCUUAGAGCCUCUCGGGUCUGGAUUGGAAUCCUGACGCCAGCACUGUUAUCUUGAGCACGUGGCCACCCGCUGCACCUGCAUUGUCAUCUGUAAAAUGGAGCAACAGCCUCCUGCCUGGGACAUAGCAGACACUCGACGAAGUUGGCAAAUGUCACUGCUCUCAUGUCCCUCCCUUCUCCACCCUGUGGGAGAUUCAAGAAGGCAUGGAGCAGGCAGAGAGUGAGCAGGGCUGACUAUGGCACGCCAGCACCGAGCAGCUCCAAACACCAGCCGUGACACGGGCAGCGAGGGAGGCUUCUGUCGGCACCACAGGCACCCAUCAGUAGCCCACGCGGAGACCCACAAGAUGUAGACAGGCCCCCGAUAACAUCGUCCACUCUAUCUUCUCCCGGCCGCUGCCUGGGACACCUCCCACUCCCAUCUGGGUUCUCAGAGAUGGGGUCAGAAGCGGCAGCUGUGGCUUAGGGGUGGAUAUAGAGAGGGAGGGAACCCUUCUCCCUGCAUCCUCCCUCCACUCACGCUAGGCUGCAGCUCCUGGGCAAUGAAGGGAAUGAUACGACUGAGGCUUCUGCAUAAACAUCCACCAGGAGCAUGUGGGCGCUUGGGCCUCCACACCUAGGGAAAGACUCCCCAGAGCUUCCCGGGAAAGAGGAGCUGGAGGGGGCUGGUGGGGAGGAGGGAGAGUUUUUUCUCCUUUGCUGCUGGCACAGAAUCCCUUAGAAAUCACAGAUAUAGGCCAGGUGGGAUGGCUCAUGCCUGCAAUCCCAAAACUUUGGGAGGCCAAGGCAGAAGAAUCACUUGAGCCCAGGAGUUUGAGACCAGCCUGGGCAACAUAGUGAAACCCCAUCUCUGCCAAAAAAUAAAAAUAAAAGAAUCAGCUGGCGUGGUGGCAUGCGCCUGUUGGAGGAUUAUUUGGGCCCAGGAGUUCAAGGCUGCAGUGAGCUAUGAUUGUGCCACUGCAUUCCAGCCACAACAGAGCAAGACCCUGUCUCAGAAAAAGAAAGAAAUCCUCACAGCUGGCUGCUGUGUUCUUAGAGACCAGGGAGGAGAGGUUGUCCACCAAAGAUGGUGGCAUAGAAAGGAAUGGAGUUCCAGAAGAAGGUGAGAGGGCCCCAGCUGUGUGUAGGAGCAGGGCAGGGCAUCCUUGUCCCAACGAGUCUUCUCAGGCUUUUCCUGAGUCAAGGCUGGAGAUGGGGAUUGUGAACUUGUCCACCCAGAAGGCGAGAGUGGAGAGAGUGGAGUACCAGGGAGCUGGGGACAAGCCCUGGGGGAGAAGUGAGCCCAGGAGGAGUCGGGACAGAAGGAGGAGGCGAAUGCCCACCCAGACAGGGAGGAGGGAGUGGCAGGAGAAGGGGUCAUGGAGCUGCAGGGCCCUUGGAAGCUGAGUGAGCACGCAAUUUUGUGGAUGAAAUCUGAGUUUUGGAACAGUGUUGCCAGCAUUGCCGCACCACCGACAGCUUCGUGGGGCGUCUCCGCCUCUGUAUGGCUCUCUGCUUUUCCAAACCGCAGCUGGCCCAGGCGCCAGGAGCAGAGGUAGGGUGAAGACAGACGCUAUGGCUGUGCUGGUUCCCUGCAGGUCCUGCCAGGGUGGGGAGGUGGCUCCUGCGCAGGCAUCAGCCUGGGCCCGUGGCACUCUGGCUGCUGAGCUGCCAGGGGCUCCUGCAGGCCAAGGAUAUCUCCUGCCUCCCGGCUUCUCUGAGGCCAGGCUGCUGCCACUGCUGCUGGCCACCCUUCAUCCCUGGCUAACUCAACAAUGGAAUCUCAGCCUUGCUGCUGGCAGGCCACGUGAGCCAUGCAGGGCCACAUCCCCGUGGCGGGAGGUGGGCAAGGGCAGGUGGUGGCAGGGAACCGACUGGAAGGAUUUUAUUGGCUCUGGUGGGGCUGGCUCUGUCUGGGCUCUGGUUUCCAGUUUAGGUCAUAAUAAAGGAUGUAUUCACUGACUCUGCUCCACUUAGAAACACUCUGGGAAGAAAACAGAGAGGGGCACAGCAGAGGGCUCAGAUAGCAUCAGCCAGGAUGAAGGGGCCUGUGCCGCACAACUGGAUACGGCAGUGGAGGGCUCCCGGCUCCCAGCAUGCAGAAUCCCUUCCCCCGAGAGGUCCACUUUCUGCCUUGUGUCCUCAGGGUUGGCAUAGCUAUGAGGGGUGGAGACUCUCAGACCCACAUAGCCAGAAGGACAUGAGGUCAUCAGUCCCCUGUCCUCGGCACUAGACAGGGCUCCUUAAGGAAGGGCCAUAUCUUCAUCUUGGCAACUCCCGCAGGCCCUCAUGCAGAGCCAGGCUCACAGGAGGGUCCAUGGCUGCUUGGUGAAUCACCCCCUUCAAGCACAUACUGAGUUUUCCUAACUGCAUUCCAGGCUCUGUGUCCAGGGCUGGGAUGUGAGCCAUGGCUCCUGCCAUCUUCCUAGGGCUGCACAGUCUAGCAGGACCCACCAGAGAGUACCCAGUGUUUGCUUUCACUGUGAGGUGACUUCUCUUUCUAUGUGUCAAUGAAAAGACUCACAACGCAGUAGCCUUAAGAGCUCAGUGAAGACGCUGGGUGAUCAGGGUGGGCUUCCUGGAGGUACUGACCUUUCUCUGGGCUGUCACUGUGCCCACUUACUCACACUGGGACACACCUAUUUCUCAUGCCCCACUUUCUUAGUUUUCUCCUCCAUGUCACCUGACUUGAACCCUGUUCCCAAAUGUCUGAGAAGUCAUGGGGGUGGGGUGGGGGUGAAUACAGCGGUCAAAGACCAUGCAUGAGAAGGUACAGGAGGUCAGACUGGCCUCAGAGCAGGACAGGCAAUCCUGGACAACCUUGGCCCGUUCUCGAAGCUGGCCAGCCCCUUGUUCCCUAAUCUCAGUGUGUGUGUGGAGCUAUCGGCAAGCCUUGCAGUGAGAAAUGAGUGUCCGCUGGACUUGUUCAACCCUCGGGCUGUCGCCGUGCCCGCUCUGCUCAUGGGCGAGCCUUGGGUGGGGAGCCCCUGACAGACUGACCUCU